UUCAUACAUAUGAGAUUAGAUUAAUCGAUCAUAUAGUAAAUAGAACUGAUCAAGAUUUUCGUCGUUGUUCAUGUUCGAGAGAAACAUUAUUGUUGACAACAUAUGGACCGGGAUCAUGGGUUGAAGAAUGGACAAUAUUGACAUGGACGAUUAUUCGUCAAUGGAAACCAUGUGAUGUUAAUGAAUAUAUCUGUGAUAUUCGAUUUGCACAUGAUGGAAGACAGAUUGGAAUGACAGUGGAAAUUCGUGGACAAUCUCAUCAGUUUCAGUUAAGAGAUCGGUCAAUGAUAAACACUUUGAAUAGAAUAACAUUUUCUAAUUCGUUUUAUCCCUAUUUUCUAUUAUCCUUAUCAAAUGGGCAGUGGAUGACUCACGAAUAUGAUAAUAGACAAUUGUAUAUUAUUGAUAAAGGUGGUAAAUUAGAACAAACUGUUACAUGUUGUGAUGAUAAAUAUGUACGCUCCAUAGCUUUAUCUGGUUGCACUUGUUUAGCUGUUUUAACGCGAGACAAAGAACUCUGUCUGUAUGAUCUAUGA